CUCUAGAGCAGCUACAUACCCAGUCUCUAGGUUCUGAGGCCAUCGAGUGGAGAGCAGCUGUGAGGACCCGUGAGAAGGCACAAGGGUUAUGUCCCUUAAUGCAGGAUGAGGAAGACGAGAAGGAAGCCUGAGGUAGCUAGAACUCAGCCUGCAUAGACUCUGGCACAGAGCCCCCAUUUCUAGUAGAGUCACAGGGUCAGCCAAGAAGAUGCGAGACCAUAGUCCCCAGGUGUCCCUUUCGGUGUUCCUGCUGCUGCUGCUGCUACUGCUGCUAUUGUCUGUGCCACUUGCCCCAGUCCAGAGUUCCCUGCGCCAUCACUCUGAACCAAAUCCCUACCAUGAGAUUGCUGCUAGGUUAUAUGGUUAUGAAGACUGGAGGUCAAGGCAGGCGGAGGAGGAGGAGGAAGAGGUUCUACAGUAUUGUGACGGUGACUUUGAUGUUUACUUUGUCUUUGACAAGUCCAGUGCCGUGACAGACUGGGCUGGCAUGUUCACAGCCUGGGAAGAUAUGGUGGAGAAAUACCUGAACCCCAAUCUGCGGAUGUCCUUCAUUCUCUUUGAUGAUAAAGUUACAGUCAAAAUGCCACUCACUGCAGACAGAAAAAAAAUCCGCCAUGAACUCACCAGCGUGGAGACGCUUCUGAUACAAGGAUUAACAUAUCUAAACGAAGCACUGGAAAAGGUGAAUGAACAGAUCCAAAUGGCCAACUCAGGAGCCACUACAAGAUCUAGUCUGGUUAUCAUUGCGGUUUGGGGGAAAAUGUCACCACGAGUGUUGAAGGCAUCUAAGAAGGAGGCUGAUAAAGCUCGGAGCAUGGGGGCAUAUGUUUACUGUGUCGGUAUGGACUUCUAUGACAGAAAUAAGCUGAAUGGAAUUGCAGACAGCGAAGACAAGGUGUUCAUUGUGGAAGGUCCAGCUACACUGUUUCAUAGCUUAGUAGACUCGAUUGGAACACUGACCUGCCUUGAACUCAGAAGUAUUGAGCCUUCCUCUCUGUGCAUAGGAGAAGAUGACCCACUCAUCUUAAAAGGAUAUGGCUUUCAUAAUGCAAAGAAACUCAGCGAAAUUAUCUGCAGAUUCAAGUUCAGCGACUCCAAGGUCAUCGAUAAAAAUCCCACUGAUAAGAACUUCACUGUCGUCAUUUGUCCUAGACCAGAAAUAGAGCAACCUGGAGAAACCAUCUCAGUUGAAGUUAGCCUGAACAACGGAAGAGAUUUCCUUGCCCACACCAUCCCUGUGAAGACUUCUGACUGUAGACCUCCACCACUGACCACUACUGUCAUCCCUGAGACCACCACCCUACCAACAACUCCCAUAACUUCACCGACAACCUCUACCCCAGAAAGUACUAUCCCAACGCCUACUGUCCCCACUACUCUACCUCCUCCUCCUCCACCUCCUCCUCCACCUCCUCCUCCACCUCCUCCUCCACCUCCUCCUCCACUACCUCCUCCACAACUACCACCACCUCCUCCACCUCCAGCACCUUCCUCUCCUCCUCCACCCCCUCCACCUUUGCCUCUGCCUCCCCCUCCGACUUUGCCUCCACCACUGGCCAUGGUGCCCCCACCAGCUGAGCCAAGCAAGCAAGUUUUGCUCAGCACCAUGGUGCUGGUGCUGCUGCUGAUCCCUGUAAUGCUGUGGUGGAUCUGGUGGCUCUGCUGGCGACAGCCUCCCAAGGCACAGCCCUCUCCUGCACCACAGCCAAAGCCCAGAAAGAAGAAAGAGGGCUCUCCUCCAGCGUCUCCCCCAGUGCCUGCACCACCAGUGAACGUGCCUCCCAUCGUGAUCAUCUGUUGCUGUACCUGCUGCGACGUGUGUGUGAGCAGAGACAUAGAGGGCAAUGUGACCGUGUGCAACUUCAAUCCCCUAAGCCGCCACCAAUUGCCACUGAUGCGGUCUCAGUCUAGUGACCAGAGGCAGUGCAUCAACUUUGACCUCCUGAAGGCCCUCUGCUCUCCUGUUCCCUGCACCUCUAAGGCCAGCCUGCCCAUGGCCUCCUGUUAUCUGGGCCAUGAUCUCCCAGACACUUGUUCCCAGCCACUUCCUGUCCAGGAGUCUCCCAGAACCCCUCUGUCAUUCUCUCCCAUGUAGCAGGCCCCAGAGCCAAGACCAAGAGGUCUUUGCUGCUAAACUGGACCAUGUAUAUCUGUUCUUGAAUUUUAAUUUUGAAAG